AUGCUCGUCAAAGACAAACUGGAAAUGAUCACAACGCUCUUUGCACUGAUCUUCACAAUAUUCAUGGCUCAGAGAUACUUCUAUGCAGGGCAGGUUCUUAUGUCAAUAGUCACAUACUCAGCACUCGUGUCUCUUACAAAGCCAAUGGCAAGAAAGGGAAAACUAUACUUCAGAAUCAUUAAUGUCCUUCAUGUCGCUGCAAAGAUCAUGACCCUUAUAGCAUUCUUCAUAGUCAUGAACAAUGUGUUUGUAAUGAGGAGGGGAUACAAAAAUUGCAGCGAGUGCUCCACCAUGUCAGUCUCAGCCAUCUCGGCAUCAAUCCUGUUUUUCAUAUACUAUUCGGUGUAUUCAACAGCCUUUGUUUUCUUCUUCAGCGUUUCCAACAAGUGA